UUUAAAGAGCAGGACCGAGCCGCGCGUCUUCAGCGGCUCAAAAAGCACUUUAUCCCACGGAGAAAUGAAGAUGGCAGGUUUUGCGUGGGUUUUCCUGUCGCUGCUUUGUUUACGGACACCUGUUGUGGUCAGUACAGAGGCCAGGAACGUCCUCUUCGUCGUGGCAGAUGAUCUGCGGACAUCCCUGGGAUGCUAUGGAGACACGGUGGCCAAAUCUCCCAACAUUGACCAGCUGGCAUCCAAAAGCCAAGUCUUCCUGAACGCCUAUGCCCAGCAAGCUGUGUGUGCUCCCAGUCGUACGUCCAUGUUGACGAGUCGCAGACCGGACACCACCAGGCUCUAUGACUUCAAAUCCUACUGGAGGCAACACUCUGGCAACUACACCACUCUGCCGCAACACUUUAAAUCCAAAGGCUACUACACCAUGUCAGUGGGCAAGGUGUUUCAUCCAGGAAUUGCUUCAAACUACACUGAUGACUACCCCUACAGCUGGUCUAUCCCUGCCUAUCAUCCAGCUUCAUUUAGGUUUGAAAAGAAAAAGAUGUGUAAAGGCGAGGAUGGUCAGCUCCAUGCCAACCUGCUAUGUGCGGUAAAUGUGAGCGAGCAGCCUGGGGGAACCCUACCGGACCUGGAGAGCACAGAUGAAGCAGUGAAGCUGCUGAAGAGUCGGGCCAGUGAUGGAGCUCCCUUCUUCCUGGCUGUGGGCUAUCAUAAGCCUCACAUACCUUUCAGGAUCCCACAGGAGUACCUGAGCCUAUACCCUUUGGCUGAAAUGACAUUGGCUCUUGACCCAGACGUUCCCAAGCUCCUCCCUCCUGUUGCCUACAACCCCUGGACAGAUGUGAGAGAGAGGGAGGACGUUCAAAAACUCAACGUUAGCUUUCCUUAUGGACCAAUUCCUAAAGACUUCCAGCUGCAGAUCCGUCAGCACUACUACGCUGCCGUGUCUUACAUGGACGCCCAGGUUGGGAGGCUUCUCAGUGCUCUUGAUGCUCUCGGGUUGACUGACAGCACAAUGGUGGUUUUUGCCUCUGAUCAUGGUUGGUCAUUAGGUGAACACGGCGAGUGGGCGAAAUACUCAAACUUUGAUGUGGCAACGCGCGUUCCCCUCAUCAUGUUUGUCCCUGGUGUCACUGCUGCCCAUAGCCAGCCAGGAGAGUCUACUUUUCCCUUUAUUGAUGUUUUAAGCCAACCAGCAUACAGCUUUACAAAUGCCAGAAUUAUCCAAAACAUGGUGGAGCUUGUGGACGUCUUUCCGACGGUCUCAUACAUGGCCGGCCUCCCAGCACUUGAACACUGCCCUGAUGUUUCUCUCCAGGUGGAGCUGUGUACAGAAGGAAGGAACCUGGCCCACACCUUUCAGCACAAAGAAAGAUGGAUCAAUGCCGAGCUCAUAGCUUUCAGCCAAUACCCUCGUCCUGCUGAUUCCCCGCAGAACAACUCUGACCUUCCUGAUCUCAAAGACAUCAAGGUGAUGGGUUACUCACUGCGUAACGGGGACUACAGAUACACACUGUGGCUUGGCUUCAAUCCCAGAUCCUUUCAGGUGAAUGUAUCAGAUGUCCACGGUGGAGAGUUAUACAUGUUAGCAGAUGACCCUGGUCAGGACAAUAACAUCUACAGUGACUUGGACCACAGUAUGGUGAAGAAGAAGAUGGCCGGCCUUCCUCAUGAUGCAAGUCUGUGGACAAGAAUGAAACUCCAGCUCUAUUACUAUACAGCAAGAUUGAAGACAAAUACUUGGAAAGUAUGACAAGUAUUAAACCCAACAGAUGGACUCAAUGGAACACGCUCAAAGGGAAUAUGGCUGACUAAAAAGGAAAAAGCUGCUGUCUAUGUAUGUUUAGUUCUUGCAGGAUUUUUAUUUUUCGGUCCUGGUUUUCAUAAUGGUUAAAGGGAUGUUAAAUGAUGUUGGGAUGUUGAAUUAAAAAUAUAUAAUUUAA